AUGUACGACAUAUCGAAUCAGACUAUACCACAGGAAUUAAGCGUUUUUACUGCUACUCCUUAUGUUUCAUCAAUUGUUCAGCCAUUGGCAAUAUUUUAUGAAGAAAUAUCAUCUGGCAUUACAUUAUUUCAAUCGUCUACAUUUAAUUCAUUUGAUCAGGGAAUACAAUUGACUCGUGUCGUAAUUCAAGGUAAUUUUUUUACAGCCGCCCUUCAAACACAAGUAGACAUAAAUUUGAUCAUUGAUGAAAAUGCGACUCUUACUGGUACUCGCAUGAUGUUUACCUCUUAUAUUAAUAUUAGUGGUUAUGCAUGUUCAUGCUUCAUUACACCAACGUGUCUUGGAGAGUCGGGUAUUUAUGAUACGUACGGUCAAAUGAUGAUGCCUAUGCCUGGUAUAUUGACGGCAUGUUUAAAUUUUGAUGCACUAGUCGAGUUAAAUUUAGACUUUUUUUAUAAUCAGUUGAACAUUGAUGAGUUAUAA